UUACGUUCCCCUAGUACACGUACAGUUUGAGUUAUUCUCUCUUUAAGGUAAACAUGUCGUCUAAAGAAGACAGUCCUCCAGCUUAUGAGGAGGCAGUACAACAGCCGAAGUAUGGAAACUACCCCCAGCAGCUCCAGCAUGGCUCCCCUCUCCCACCACCUCCAUCUUACAGCCCCAGUCCCGGCAUGUACCCUGGCCCGCCUGGCUACUGGGGCCAGGAGGGCGUCUACCCGCAGGGCGCCAUGUGGGCACCAGCCCCUGGCUUCUCUCCAACCGGGAUGGCCACCACAAUACCGACUCUGUCUGCUGGAGUGCACGCGUCCAACUCAGGAGACAUGGAGGAUCUUCUGAGCGCCCAGUGGGAAAGCACGUCUAUUCGACAUGGCUUCAUCAGAAAGGUUUACUUAAUUCUCACAGCACAGCUUGCCGUCACCUUCUCAGUCGUUGGCGUCUUCACAUUUGUGGACCCAGUGAGGCUGUUUGUCAUCAAGUACCCUGGCGUCUACUGGGCAUCUUUUGUGGUGUAUUUUUUGGUAUACUGCAUUCUCAUCUGUUGCAAAGAGCCGAGGAGACGUUUCCCAUGCAAUCUUAUACUGUUGGGAGUAUUUACUCUCGCCUUGUCUUACAUGUCUGGAUCCAUCUCGAGCUAUUAUGAAACGAAAGCCGUGCUCCUCGCCAUGGGAAUAACAGCGUUAGUUUGUAUAGCUGUCACAAUCUUCUGCUUCCAAACCAAGGUGGAUUUCACCUCCUGCGGGGGCCUUCUCUCUGUUGCCGCCGUUUUGCUCAUGAUCAUAGGGAUUGUUACGGCAGUCGUCCUCUCCUUCCAAUAUGUCCCCUGGCUGCAUAUGCUCUACGCCGCAAUUGGAGCCGUCGUUUACACUCUGUUCUUGGUCUACAACACGCAGCUUCUCAUUGGGAACCGGGAGUUGGCCAUCAGCCCAGAGGAGUACAUCUACGGAGCGCUCUCUCUCUACGUGGACAUCGUUCACAUCUUCCUCUUCAUCCUUCAAGUCAGCGGAGCAGCGACUGACUGAGCCUCGUGGUCAGAGCGCAUCCCAUCAUCUCAAGACUUUACUUUAUACUGUAUUUGUCAUUAAAUAUAAUGCUAAAUGCAAAGUGUGUAAAUUAGGAUGCAUCAUUACUAUCAACUCCACUGUAUUAACUGUGUUAAUGAAAGCGACACAUGAGCACUUUGAUCUCCUCACUGUAUGAAGCUGGAAGUGGAUUUAAAGUUUAUAUUUACCCAAAAGUGAAUGAACAGAGAUUCUCGAGCUUUGCAGAUUGUAUAGUUGUAAAUUAAUAAUACAUGUUGUGUUCCUUUUUCAUGUUAGAAAGUGGUAUUUUAGUAGA